AUGUCCUCCCAACAAUAAGAAAAGAAAGACGAAAACUCCGAUGAGGCUAUGAACGAAUAUAUGGCCAAGCGUACCUCAAUCUUAGAUUGGAUGGGUAUCAUAGGUAUGAUGUGUCUCACUUAUGGUAUUAUAUGCUUAUUGUUAUAUAUUUUCACAGAAUGGGGUGCUAACAGCGGUCCUAACUAGCAUGACCUUUAUUUGGGUUGUUAAAUCUUUAAUUUAGUCAUUUUCUGUUGCUAUAUUGUUAUCUGCGCUAUUCUAUGGAAAAUCUUCAUUGGAAGAAGAGAACAAAUGAAAUAAGACCUCAUCAAGAAGAAACUUGAAAUAUAAUCAAGAUUAACUAGAAAAUAAGACAACAAUGCUGAAUAAAACAAGUUAAUUUAAUGA